AUGAGGGGUGAUGAAUUGAAAUGCAUCAAGGUCCGUUGUGUUGGUCCAGUUCAAGUGGGCGAAUACCUUGUUGCCUUUGUUGGAAACGAUCAGAAUGGGUUCCCAGUCUACUGUGAGGUCAUUUUCCGUGUGAUGAAGGGAGGAGCUUCUGUGUCUCCGGUCAAAGCCGCUGCCGCUGGUUUUUUGUUAUCUUUUUUU